UAAUGAGAAGGGUGAAAACCAUUACAACAAUAAUAAUAAUAAUAAUAAUAAUAAUGAAUGUAAAUAUAAUAACAAAAGAAGGGUAGUAGAUGAAUGUUUAGAAGAAUCCAUUGAAAAUGAAUAUAAUAGAAAUAUAAAAAAAACGUAUCCAAGUAAAAAUCACUUAGAUGAAAAUACACUACCUGACUUUCUUAUAAAAUAUUAUGAAUGGGAAGAACUGCCAUCAUUUUAUAAUUUACCAUAUGGUUUAAUUAACAAAAAAAAUGAACAUUUUUUUUUUAAGAAUAAAAAGGAAUGUUUUAAUGAAUAUAUAAAAGAAAAAAACACUAGUCUUAUUAAUAUUAAAAAUAAUGAUAAAAAGGACCAUAUUCACAUUAAAAACUGUGAUAAUUUUAAUUUAAAUAAAGGAGAAAAAAAAGAUAUAUGUGUAGAAGAAAAACAAGAAGAAGAUGUGUGUAUAAAAAAGAACUAUGAUGAUUUUGUACUCUCCCUUAUUUAUGAUGAUAUUGUAACGUAUUUUUUUAAAGUUCAGGAAAAAGAAAUGAAAGUAAAAGGUACACCAAAAAAUCUGCAAAGGGAAAAUAAUAAUGAUCAAAAUCAUCAUGAUAUGAGAAAUGUGGAAGGAAAUAUAACCAAAUUGAGCUACACUGAUCAACAGAAAAUUUUAAAAAUAAAUUUUAAAAAAGAGGAUACCAUAACAAAACAGGAGUUUCAAAAUGGCGAUUGUUGUGAGAAUGCGCAAAAUUGUAAUUAUUGCGAAAAGGGAAAAAGUUGUGCUAAUGAGAAUAAAUGUACAACUAAAAAGGAAUGUUCAGGUGAAAAUAAACGUGUAGCUAAAAAUGAAUGUUCAGGUGAAAAUAAACGUGUAGCUAAAAAUGAAUGUUCAGAUGAAAAUAAACGUGUAGCUAAAAAUGAAUGUUCAGGUGAAAAUAAAUAUACAGCUAAAAAUGACUGUUCAGGUGAAAAUAAAUAUACAUCUAAAAAUGACUGUUCAGGUGAAAAUACAUAUACAUCUAAAAAUGACUGUUCAGGUGAAGAAGGUCCUAAUGAAAUAAACUGGAUGAACGAUUUUAUCAGUUUAACCAACAUGCAGAUUUUAUCAAAAAAUUGUAAUAAAUUUAAGGAAUGGAAUAAUUUAGAGAUUGUAAUUCCUCAUAUAAUAAAUUACUGUUGUAGUGUUCGUUCAUGUAUAUGUAAGAACAGUUUUUUAACUAUAACAUACAUAUGUAAAAGUUUAAAGGAAGAGAAGGAUAUUUUAUGCAAAUUUUUUGUUUAUAUAUUUCCAUUUAUUAUAAGAAAAUUGGAUAUAAAAAAUAAUUUUUUAAAUAAAUGUGUAACUAAUGCAAUUGAAGAAUUUAUGUUACAUAGUAGUAACAUGAACGACUAUGAGAUGUUAAGAUUAAUAUGUUCCUAUUCGAACGAUAAGAAUUCUUGUAUAUCCAAAAAAAUGUCUUAUUUUGUUUAUUUGUUUUUAAAAAACUUACCACAAAAUGAAUUAAUUAAUUUCCGUAUAAGCGAUUUUGCAUCACCUUUCUUAGAUUUUAUAAAUGCAAAAUUAGAAGAUACAAAAAAGUAUAUAAAACAAGCAUUACAAAUAUUGUUAGAAUAUCACGAAGAGGAUAAUAUUAUAGACAAUUUCAAAGUAGGUCUUGAAAAACAUGAACAAAAUAAUCAGGUGCACAAUUUCUUUCUGGUCAGCAAACAAAUAAGAAAUAUUUUAAGAAGUAAUAAUUCAAACACUUUAAGGAAAAAAUACGCAACUUUUCAUGAUUUCAAAAAUACGAAAAUAGUAAAAAAUGUUAACAAACCCAAACCGUCUUCAUUCAUUUUUUAA